CUGCAGCUCUGCGGGGAGGAGGCAGGGCCCCCGGGCAGCACUGCCCUUCCCAUCCUCCCCUGGGGCUUUUUUCAGCGGUAGGGGACAUGUGCCCUGAGGGCCUCUGCUUAGCCUGACCCUGAUGCAGGGGCUCCCUGUCCCCACUGACAGCAGUGAUGGCAAGUUUAAUGAGCGCCUCUCUGCCCAGCUGCCUCCCAUCCCUCCUCCUCCUCCUCCAGCUAUCUUCCAGCUCCGCAGGACAGUUCAGAGUAAUCGGACCAGGGCAUCCCAUCCGAGCUCUGGUGGGGGAUGAAGCAGAACUGCCCUGUCGCAUAUCUCCAGGAAAGAAUGCUACAGGCAUGGAGGUGGGGUGGUACCGGCCCCCAUUCUCCAGGGUGGUUCAUCUCUACCGAAGUGGCAAGGACCAAGAUGAAGAGCAGGCGCCUGAAUACCGGGGCCGCACAGAGCUGCUGAAAGAGACCAUCGGGGAGGGGAAGGUGACCCUCAGGAUCCGAAAAGUCAGGUUCUCAGAUGAAGGAGGUUUCACUUGCUUCUUCCGAGAUCAUUCUUACCAAGAGGAGGCAGCGAUGGAAUUGAAAGUGGAAGAUCCCUUCUACUGGAUCAACCCCGGAGUGCUGGUUCUCAUCGCGGUUCUGCCUGUGCUCCUCCUGCAGAUCACUGUGGGCCUUGUCUUCCUCUGCCUGCAGCGCAGACUGAGAGGAAAACUUCGAGCAGAAAUAGAGAAUCUCCACCGGACUUUUGAUCCCCACUUUCUGAGGGUGCCCUGCUGGAAGAUAACCCUGUUUGUAAUCGUGCCCGUUCUCGGACCCGUGGUGCCUUGAUCAUCUGCUACAACUGGCUACAUCGCAGACUAGCAGGUGCAAUUUUCUCCCCCUUCUAGGAAACCCCUUCUGAAUGAUUUUGCAUCUCGGCAGGGGUGGAGAAGAGCCUGGUUGGUCCAAGAAUUGAUCCUAGGGGAUGUCACAUUCAUCAAGUUGCACACUCAUUGGCCUCUUCGCUGUGGGGACAUUCCAACCUGCACUUCUGGGAAUGCUCUGGAUUCCAAAUCGGAUCAAUUUCUUCUGUCAUCUACCUUGUCUCUCCCUUCCCCCAGAUUGUUACCCACAUCUUUCUGCUCCUGUCUCCCAUCUGGAACCCCUCUCUGGCCACAGCCAGGCUGGUGAUUUUCUCUCCUUUAGGGGACACCUGUGCUGGGGAGUAACACAAAAGAGGGUCUCUGCCACAAACUGGAGACCAGGAACCUCCUUGCUGCAAACUCCAGCAUGCCAGCUUUGCAAAUGGUGGUUGUUUCUUCCAAGAUCUCAGCCCUGAGGGGCGGAGCUGAGAGGUGUGCAGGGUUGAAGGGAAGGCGCAGGAAAAGUCCAAAACAUCCAAGAGAGAGCCAAGUGACUCCUGCAGAGUGAGGACAUGGGGAGCCCUAACCAAAACCAGGAGAAGGGGGGAACCCACAGAAGGCUGGCCAGAGCUCCAUCUUGCCCAGCAGCCUUCCAAGGAGCCAGGGGAGCCAGGCAUGGGAACUGGGCAACAUGCCUGCAUUCAACUCUUUCUACAACCACAUCUAGUCCAGACGGAUCCCUCAGACUCUCCCCCCACCUCAUCCUUUUUCUCCCAUCUUCAUACCUAUUGGAGUGUUCACUGUUUUAUUCAACAAUUACUACUUGAUGGUCUAUCAGACACAAAAGAAACAAGCUAGGUGCUAAUUAAUAACAAUACAAGUUUCCAUGUGCCA